AACAUCGUACCUCUCAUGACCCCAAAAUCAAAUUUAGACCAUUUUUAUCAACUCAACCAAUCCCAUUCCCUUCAGACCGGUCGCUCGCACGUGCUAGCCCAUCCCACCGGUAUCGAUACGAUCGCGCGCUCUCUAGCAGCGGACAACAUCAAGACCAAAAUUGCCGCCUUGGAAAUCCUCGGUGCCGUAUGUCUCGUACCCGGCGGUCACAAGAAGGUCCUCACUGCGAUGCUCAACUACCAGGAGUACGCUGCAGAGCGGGUCCGUUUUCAGGGGAUCGUCAACGAUCUGGACAAGUCAACGGGAGCCUAUCGGGACGACGUCAAUCUCAAAACGGCCAUCAUGUCGUUUAUUAACGCUGUGCUGAACUACGGACCCGGACAGGAGAACCUUGAGUUUAGGUUGCACCUUCGAUACGAGUUCCUGAUGCUCGGCAUUCAACCAGUCAUCGAUAAACUCCGGAAACAUGAGAACGAAACCCUGAACCGGCAUCUGGACUUCUUUGAAAUGGUUCGAAACGAAGACGAGAAAGAGCUGGCGAGAAAGUUCAACCAUGAGCACGUGGACACCAAGAGUGCAACUGCAAUGUUCGACCUCCUGAGGCGGAAGCUGAGUCAUUCAACGGCCUAUCCGCAUCUCGUGAGUCUCCUGCAGCACAUGUUACUCCUCCCGCACACCGGACCAAACGCCCAGCACUGGUUGAUCUUCGAUCGUGUGGUUCAGCAGAUCGUCCUUCAGCAGGAAGAACGUCCCUCCAGUGAAAUCGAUCCUGACAGCCAGGACAAAACCUCCGAAUCUUCCCUCAAACUGCAAGACCCGGACAUAGCUCCCCUUCAAAUCGAUGUCAAGAAAAUAGUCAAACUCUUAGUCAAAGAAGAAGAACUGGUAGCCGCCCGAUCGCGAGCCGAAGACCUCGAGCGGGAAAACUCCGAAAUCAAUGGUAAACUGGCCAAAAAAGAACAGGAACUGGACCUGCGAACCCAGGAAAAGGAAGAUCUCGAAACCUCCCUGGCUCGAAUGCGAGAGCGACUGGAAAAGGAAAGCGCCAACCUCUCGCAAGCCGUACAGCGGGCCAUGAACGCCGAAAUGCGCGCCGAAGAUCUCCAACAUCGAUUCGUCAGCGAACAACAGGAACGGAUACGUUUGGAACGACUAGUCACCGAAGGAAGCAUCCCAGACGAUCAGAAAGUCGCCGGCCUGCAAGGCUGCAAUGGUCAAGUAUCUCCCCCACCUCCACCUCCACCGUGCAAACUUCCACCUCCCCCACCGCCAAUGAUGGCCGCUCCACCACCACCACCUGCCCCCGGAGGUCUACCCAAGAUCUCCAAUCCCAACAUAGCCAAUCAACCCGCUCCACCGAAACUGGAUGCCCCCAAGAAGAACGUCCCUCAGCCGGCCAACCCGCUUAAGAGCUUCAACUGGUCUAAACUGCCCGACAGCAAACUCCAGGGAACGGUCUGGAGCGAACUGGACGACACCAAGUGGUACAACAGCAUCGAGCUCGAGUCCAUCGAUAAGCUCUUCUCCGCCUACCAGAAGAAUGGCGUUGCGUAUACGUUUCCAUUCCAGAACGACGGCUCGAUCGAGGAUCUUCGCUUGAUCGGAAAGAACAAGACGAAAAUCCUAUCGGUGAUCGACGGUCGACGAGCGCAGAACUGCACCAUCCUGCUGAGCAAACUCAAGAUGAGCGAUGAGGAAAUUUCCAAAGCCAUUCUGUCGAUGGAUUCCAACGAGCAGCUGCCGAUCGACAUGGUCGAACAGCUACUCAAGUUUACGCCUUCGGCCGAAGAACGCGCCCUGCUGGAUGAACAUUCCGAAGAUAUCGAUUCGCUGGCCCGCGCCGAUCGAUUCCUGUACGAAAUUUCCAAAAUACCUCACUACGAGCAGCGUUUGCGAAGUUUGCACUACAAAAAGCGCUUCCAGCUGACGGUGAGCGAUCUUUCGCCGCGAAUCGCCAGCGUUAUGGAGGCAUCCCGCGAAGUGGCCCGUUCCCGGCGGUUGCGCAAGCUGCUCGAACUGGUCCUGGCUCUCGGAAACUACAUGAACCGCGGUGCUCGUGGCAAUGCGUCUGGAUUCCGGCUGGCUUCGCUGAACCGGCUAGCGGACACCAAGAGUAGCGCCGCAAAGGGGACGACCCUGCUGCACUAUCUGGUACAGAUCAUCGAGAAAAAGUUCAAGGACAUUCUGUUCCUGGAGGAAGAUCUACCGCACGUGAAGGAAGCUUCGAAGGUUUCGCUGGGCGAGAUGGACAAGGACAUCACCAUGCUGCGCGCUGGGCUGACCGAAGUCAACCGGGAGAUUGAGUUCCACCGGAGUAGCGGAGUGCCACAGCCGGGCGAUCGGUUCCUGCCGGUGAUGAGUGAGUUCCAUGCUCAGGCCUCGGUGCGGUUCACUGAGCUGGAGGAUCAGUUCCAGAAUAUGAAGACGAGAUUUGAUCGAGCGGUGCGAUUGUUCGGUGAGGACGGAGCCGUGGUGCAACCGGACGAGUUCUUCGGCAUCUUCGACGGGUUCCUGUCGGCGCUGAUGGAAGCCAAACAGGAUAACGAGAACUUCCGACGGCGGCAUGAGGAGGAAGAGAAACGGGCACGACAGGAGGCUGAGCUCAAGAAGCGCACCAUUGAGCGCAAAUCGAAGGAGGGCCUGCUGAACUCGGUAGCCAAGAACCUGGGCCUCAAGUCGUCCAAGAGCUCGAACGGUUCGGGCCAACGGAGGCAGUCCGGUGGCCGGCGGCGAUCCCAACAACAAAGGUGAGUUUUGACGAUCUGA